CGCUCGUGCUGGAUCACGUGACGAGCAUGUCAAUAAGCGGAGAGGAGCUUCCGCGUUCCACGCCGGGGGGGAAAGAUGUGUCGGUAGCUGGACUUGCUCUCAUUAGCCGCUGAUUUGUUCAGGAUUAGCCGGUCUGAACAGAUGCAAUGCCUGGUAAAGGAAUAAUGGCUCCAUAAAUGCCAAGGAAGCUGCCGUCUAAAGCCUAGUGCACAUUAUUAGAAAAUCGGACAAACGAUUGUCUGAUUUUCCCAGAAUGUCCGUACCAUGCUGAAAACAAGAAUGCUAUUAAUGGUCUGAAAAUUCUCGUACCACAGAGGAAAACUUCCCACGUAUGUAGCUUGCGUUCCAAUGUAGAACUGGAAGUGAUGUAAUGUGCAUGUGACACUUUAUUCGCAAAUAAAUAGUGAAAUUUUAAAGAAAAAGUAAUUCCACCCCUGUAAAAAAUGGAAAGUGAACAAAAAGUGCCAUACCGUCGCCUUGAAAGUGCUGUGCUGAAGUUUACUAAAGUAGUUAUUCCAACAGAUCUGGAAAGAUUGAAGAACCAUCAAUUAAAUAUUGAGAAGUAUCGGAAAUGUAAAUCGUGGGAUCAGUUGCACAAAGAGCAUAUUAACGCUGGACGUACCGUGCAACAACUCCGUGCCAACAUCAGAGAGAUGGAAUCUCUUUUUCUUAAAGUGAGAAACGAGGAUAUACAGACCUUAACAACAGUAUUGCAACCAGUAAAAAACUUGGCUUUAGAUUCAAUAACUCAUUUUUUGAAACUUCACUCAAAUUCAGCAGAGAAUCUACUCCUAACUGAGGAAAAUUUCUCUGAAGAGCAGAAUUCCAUUUCUAAAGGUUCUUGUGUAAAAGAUUCUGAGAGCCAAAUUGAUGCACAGUUUUUAGAAAUUCAAGAUCAGAUUGCCUCAGAAUCCUGGAAUUCGCUGGAAAAGGAUUUACUUGGCCUGAAUGAUAUGGUAAAUGAAUUUUCCCACCUAGUACAUACUCAGCAGGAGAAGAUUGACAGCAUUGAAGACCAUGUCAACACUGCUGCUGUGAAUGUUGAAGAGGGAACCAAAAACCUGGGGAAGGCACUAAAAUACAAGCUGGCAGUGCUUCCUGCAGCAGGCGCUCUCAUUGGUGGUAUAGUCGGAGGUCCGAUUGGCUUGCUAGCAGGAUUUAAAGUAGCAGGUGUUGCAGCUGCAAUUGGCGGAGGCUUUCUAGGCUUCACGGGUGGAAAAAUGUUACAAAGAAAAAAGGAAAACGUUGAAAAGGAAGACAUUUGCCAUACAAAAGAUUCUGCCAAAGAAGAAGGAAAAUCCACCUGAAGGACUAUUUCAGUGAUUUUUAAAGAAAGUAUUUUAUUGGUAGAAUAAAGUUGCAAAAUGUUGAGGCAAUUUGAGGCCCCUAUUCAAGUACAGCGUAAGUACACUCAAAGUAAAUUGCGUAAUGCCCAUGGUGCAAUUAAUGCAACAAAGAAAAAUGUGAGUUAUUACAGUAA